CGAGUGCCGACGACCGGCUUUGCCAAGCAGUAGCUAUAGCUUAAAAAAGCAGCUUAUACAUUAGGCCAUGAUGACCGCGAUGGACCAGCAGCAGAGGAGCUCCUCCGGCUACUCCCACAGCCCUCGAUCACCCUCGUCGCAACCUUACUUAUCGGUUUCCGUCACCGAUCCCGUGAAGUUGGGCAAUGGCGUUCAGUCUUACAUCUCGUAUCGAGUCAUUACCAAGACGAAUCUGCCUGACUACCAAGGACCUGAAAAGAUUGUCAUUCGGCGGUACAGUGAUUUUGUGUGGUUACAUGAUCGUCUCUUUGAGAAGUAUAAAGGAGUUUUCAUUCCUCCUCUACCAGAGAAGAGUGCUGUAGAAAAGUUCCGCUUCAGCGCUGAAUUUAUUGAAAUGAGGCGUCAAGCAUUGGAUGUAUUUGUUAACCGGAUAGCCUCACACCAGGAACUUCAGCAAAGUGAGGAUCUGAAAACCUUUUUGCAGGCAGAGGAAGAGGAUGUGCAAUCUAGAGUAAGCGAUGUCGUGCUGGGGAAAGAAAAACCAGUUGAAGAAUCAAAUCCUGACUAUGAAAAGCUGAAGCAUUACAUCUUUGAGCUUGAAAACCACUUGGCUGAGGCUCAAAAACAUGCAUAUCGUCUUGUGAAGCGCCACAGAGGUAACUUGUUAGGUGCAUAUGUAGUAAUGAGUUUAUUGAUCCCUGUCUUCACGCACAUGCAGGCCCAUCAACUCCUAAUGAAUUUUGAAGAACCUUUGAAAGAUUAUGUCCGUGCUGUGCAGUCAAUUAAGGAAACUAUUGCUGAAAGGGCCAAUGCAUUUAGGCAACAAUGUGAACUGGCUGAAACAAUGAAGUUGAAGGAGAUAAAUCUCGACAAGCUUAUGCUGACACGAUCCGACAGAGUGGGGGAAGCUGAAAUCGAGUACAGAGAGCUGAAGGCAGAUAGCGAAGAAGCUGCAAGAAGAUUUGAGAGCAUUGUCCGACUAAUGAAUGAAGAGAUUGUACGUUUCCAAGAUCAGAAGACGAUCGACAUGGGAAGAGCAUUCCAUGAAUUUGCCAAGGGACAGGCACGACUUGCUAAUAGUAUUGCAGAUGCAUGGCGGAGUCUCCUUCCUAAGCUUGAAGCUUGUUCCCUCCAUCUUCCCCUAAGGACUCAAUCCCCAUUAUCAAUCACCGAAACGAACACCAAACGGAGCUUUGGGGUAAGCCGAAUUCACAGCCUCCGCAACCGGACAGCCGUCGUCAAAUCCUCACAGGGAAACGGCGGCAUCGUGGCUUCCGAUGACAAUGGAGAAGACGGGGUCUUGCUGGGUACCUUCAAACUGCCAGGGAACACCGAUCUCGACAGAUUUGAACUCUUGCUCUUCCAGUGGGGGAACAGUCUUUCUCAGGGUGCCAAUCUGCCAUUUCCGGUGCCACUCAAGGUAGACAAAGUAGCGGGAGGGGCAAGGUUGGGGUUCAUCACCAUUGAAGAUGGCGGGGAGACGGAUGUUGCAGUGUACAUAGACUGCCUGGUUUUCCCGGCGACGGAGAGUUCCGGCCCGAUUUUCAGAGCCAUAAGGAACGGGCGGCGGAAAAAUGAAACUCCACCCGGCGAGCCCAGAAUCAUGAGAAACCUCAUCGAGGCCCUCCAGAAAUCCAUCCAAAUUGCCCGGCUCUAGAUCGAUAGAUACUUCCUCCUGUUUGGGCAAUUUCUGCAAAAUUUUGUUUCAGUUGGAUGAUGAAUUUUUUCAGCCUUGAUGAAUGGAUAUCCUAGUCCUGGUCAUCUCUUUAACAAGUACCUAGAUGUACUGGUUAAGAAAAUUAUGUAAAAUUCUGUUCAACUGAGCUCACGAUAUUAAGAUCUCAUAUAUAUGAAUUUACACUUUCACCAAACUU